AUGUCCCCCAUGUAUGGGGGCUACGGAGGCGGAAUGUCCUCCAUGUAUGGGGGCUACGGAGGCGGAAUGUCCUCCAUGUAUGGAGGGGGGUUAGGCACAAUGGGGGGACUGACAGGCGGUAUGUCUGGGGGCAUGUUUAACGGAGGCAUGCCAGAUGGGAUGAAUGGGCUUUCAACAUUGCCCAAUACUCAGGGGACAAAUAAUAGUAUACUGCCACCGCAAUCGGAUCCACCUCAGACCUAUGUAUCCAGUAAGCCUGCUAUAGAGGAGGGCCCGCACGAACGCCGAGCGCGUCGACGAAAGGAGCGUAAAGAAGAAAAAGAGGCACUUGAAAAACAUCGCCAACAAAAGAGGCAGCUUGUCAUACAUUCAGCCAUUCAAAUUACGGGUCAUGUGUUGCAGACUCUGAUUCAAAUACUGCGUUCAGGUCUGGAGCUUUUUGGUGUCGGAUUUGGUACUUACUACAGUAUCAAGGCUUUGAAGGCUCUCGUACAAAGUCAAGAAGACAGUGUUUUACGCAAAGUCACCAAAGAUAAAUUUGCAAGUGCUACAAAGGAAACGGUGAAUGGGGACUCAGCGCCUGGGACAAGUAAAUUGAAAGGACAGCUUUUAAUAUCAGCACUUUUUAUUUUAAUGGAGGUACUCUACAGUCUGCAACAGCGUUACCGUGGCGCACGGGAGCGGCGAACGACGCGCCGUGAGGAUCUCGGUAUGCUUGGCAACAAGGAUGAGGAAAGUUUGGAGGAAAGUCUUUCGCAGAGUGAAGAGCUGAGUGACGAUGAGGCGUCCUCAGAAUAUUCUACGGACUUUACGGAAUCCUUGCUUGGUGGCAUACACAACAAGAGUGGUAAGGGCAAACGUGUUUUCGUUGCCGUUUUUGACUACGAGGCCCCAGAUCGGGAAGGGUUCAUUGGCUUUAAGGCAGGUGACCGUUUUGUCAUUGAGGAAUAUGCGGAUAGUGAAUGGUGUGAAGCGUUUCAGAUGGACGCAUCUGAACGGCCCGUAAGAGUAGGGCUUGUCCCCGGCAACUUUCUGCGUCCACUGGAGGGGGAAACGAAACUCUGA